AUGGCACCGCAGCAGAAGAACCAAGGACACCAACACCUGCCCGUCCCACCGGCAACCUUCACCACCCGCAAACACAAGAUCCUGGAACAGCUCAGCGUGCCCGAUGCAGAGUACACCGACGCCUCGCCCAAGGGGUCCGUGGACGUCGGUAUCCGCGAGCUCAUUGACGAGCUCAACGACCUCGACGGUUUCGUCACGACGAGCAGCUGCGCGGGGCGCGUCAGCGUGUUUCUCGAGGGGCGUAAGGCGGGAGGAGCGGACCAGCGAGCAGCAGUAGCGGCAGUAGCGGCAGUAGCCCCAUCAUCUUCUCAAGGCAACGAAGGCGAUGAUACCCCUGCCGCCGCGGCCCUCGAGACGAUAGCUGGACCCGGAGGAAAGGGAGGCGGAGGCACGUGGCUGUUCGUAUCGCACGAUCCCGUUCCCGGAUCGCACGACAACGACGAGGAUCUGCUGCGCUUGUUUGGUCUCGUGGAUGAAGACGCGGGAAGAGGAGCAGGGCAAGAACCAGGACGGGCUGUCGGAGUAUCGGGUCGUUCUCAGUCUGGGCGACGGAAGCGGCUUGUUCACUUCAAGUUCGAGCCCAUGAUCCUCCACGUCCUCACAGCAUCUCUACCUCACGCCCAGCUCCUCCUCAAAUGCGCCCUCGCAGCAGGUUUCCGCGAAAGCGGCGCCCUGAACCUCCUCCCCACCGCAUCGCAAGGCGAAGACGAAGCCUUGUCGUCAUCACCCGUGACACCAAUGGUAGGCGUAAGAACAAUGGGUCUCGCUCUUGAAUCUCUAAUCGGUUACGUCGAUGAAGACGCCGCCGAAGGCAGCAGCGCACGUCGGCACUGUACCGUCACGCCAGACUACCUCCGCGACCUGCUCCACAUCGCCAACGAGCGCUUCGUAGAAAACGCCGCCCGCAUCGCGCGGUUCCGCACCGCCUUGCAGGAGGCCGUCGCCGGACCCCCGCCAAAGACGGGCGAGGGCGGCGCCGCGUGGGAGGACGCCGACGCCAGGAGGGAGAGGAAGAGGGCUGAGGGCCUGCGGCGGAAGGAGGAGGUAUUGGCUGCUAGGUUGAAGACGCAGCAGCAGGAAGCUCCGUCAGAGGACCAAGGCCCGAUAGAGCUGCUGACUGAGAUAUGA